AUGUACUUAAUUAAAGCAAUUGUUUUUGUUAGUGCUUUUUAUUUUGGAAUAGCUAAAAGUGUCGAAUUUGAUGAUGAUCAUGAUAUUGGAUCAAGAGUUGUAGGUGGUGUGGAUGCAAAGGAUGGAUCUGCGCCUUAUCAAGUCUCACUUCAAAAAGGAAAAGGAAGACAUAAUUGCGGUGGCGCGAUCAUACAUCCUCGAUUCAUUGUUACUGCUGCUCAUUGCCUUGAUGGAUAUAAGCCAAAGGACUACGUAAUUAUGGCUGGAACCAAUAAACUUAGUGAAGGAAGUGUUUACUUUACUCCUGAUAAAUUCAUCAUCCAUAUUCGCCACAACUUGCCAUUUUAUUAUAACGAUAUUGGACUGAUUCGAUUGAAGGAAGAAAUAACAUUUACAGACAACAUUCAACCAAUUGAAUAUGAAUGGCGUGAAGUUCCUGUAGAUUCAGAAAUUAAAUUAACAGGAUGGGGAAGAGUCAAAGACGGGUCUAUUCCUGAUCAUUUGCAAGAAAUUCAAUUAACUCACAUUUCUUAUGAGAAAUGCAAAGAAGCACAUGGCAAAGAUGUCGAUUAUGGUCAUUUGUGUACAUACAAUAAAAUUGGGGAAGGAUCAUGUAAUGGAGAUUCUGGCGGUCCUUUAAUUUAUAAAGGAAAGCUCGCAGCUGUUGUCAACUUUGGAGUUCCUUGUGGCGUUGGAUAUCCUGAUGCUCAUGCCCGAAUUGCUUAUUACCACGAAUGGAUUCGUACCAACAUUGCCAAUAAUGAGUAAAAUUCAAGCAAUUCUUUAGAACCCAACGAUAAUUAUAAGUUUUAACUAUUUAAUUAUAUAAGGAACAAAAAUUAUUGUACUUACCGAUAUUCUUAACGAUGUAAAUAA